AUUUGAGAGAGAGAAAAGAGGAAGAAGAAGUAAUUAUUCUGGAGAAUGAAAGAAAAGAAAAAUCAAAAUUAUCUUUAGCGGCAACCACAACACAAAAAUAACGAAGCAAAGAAAAACCUUCGUAACUGAAGAGAAAGAGGGUUUCAGAGCGAGACACACUGAUGGCAAUUUCCACCACUGUCUUCUCUUUCUCUUCUUCUUCUUCUUCUUCUUCUUCUUUUUCUUUCCAUUCAUCUUCAUCUCUAUGCCCUCCAAAGCCCCACUUAACUUUUCGGACUUGGACACGUGGUAAUUCAACCAAUCUCACUAUUCGCUCUUCUUAUUCCGAAAUGGGUUCUUCCCCUGACCCCAUCAAUUUCAGGAGGACUGAAAUUCCAUCUAUAUCUCCAUUUGGAUUGUCAAUGAAUGAAUCUAGCAAGCCAUUAUACAAAUGGCGAAGGGUCUUGCUCAAAGUCAGCGGAGAAGCUCUUGCAGGAGAUCACUCUCAGAAUAUUGACCCAAAGAUAACUAUGGCCAUUGCAAGGGAGGUGGCAUCUGUGACUCGCCUUGGCAUUGAGGUUGCACUAGUAGUUGGUGGGGGUAAUAUCUUCCGUGGAUCCUCCUGGGCUGGAUGUAGUGGUCUAGACCGCUCAUCUGCUGAUUAUAUUGGGAUGUUGGCAACUGUCAUGAAUGCUAUAUUUCUUCAAGCAACAAUGGAGAGUAUUGGCAUUCCUACUAGGGUGCAGACUGCAUUUCGCAUGUCUGAGGUUGCAGAACCAUAUAUACGCAGAAGGGCUGUGAGGCAUUUGGAAAAAGGAAGGGUUGUCAUUUUUGCCGCUGGAACUGGAAAUCCAUUCUUUACCACGGACACUGCUGCAGCACUCCGAUGUGCGGAAAUCAAUGCAGAGGUUGUACUCAAAGCAACCAAUGUUGAUGGAGUGUAUGAUGAUGACCCAAAGCGUAAUCCACAAGCACGUCUUCUUGACACAUUAACCUAUCAGGAGGUUAUUUCAAAAGAUCUGUCAGUGAUGGACUUGACUGCCAUAACUUUAUGCCAGGAAAAUAAUAUUCCUGUUGUUGUCUUCAAUCUAAACAAACCAGGUAACAUUGAGAAAGCCAUUAAAGGCGAGAGGGUUGGCACUUUGAUUGGGGCAGCGUCGAAUUCUACCAUAUCAAGAACAUGAAAAUAUUUGAAGUCCAAUUACGGAGUGAUUCUUAUGUUUUUCCUAUACAAUCUUCCAGCUGAGGAUGCCAAAAAUGUGAGGUGCAUAACUUUGCUGUUGGUGGUUUUGAUGAACUUUAAGGGUGCUGCUUCGAGUCAUAAAUCUGUAAAUAUAACAAGGUAAAUUACUGUUUGAUGUUUCUCACCAUGUUGUUUGGCCUAAUUUUACUUUGCCAUCAUGUGGUUUGAAAAAUAUGACAUUUUGACUUUGGAACUUUGCUGAGUUAGCACACAAUUCCUGUCUUUGUUUUUUUAAUCCAUAUUUUGUAUUGCAUUCAUAAAGUACCUUACAU